AGCGUAUGAUGCUGAGGAGAGAGCAUCCUCCGCUGAAGGUCUUUACGCAGGCAGGCCGUGUGUUUUGGUAGAUGAGAUGUUAGAAAUAGGAGCUUUAUCAUUAUUAUUACAUGUUAUUUCAUUACCGUGAGUUCAGAUUGCUCCCGGUGAUCUCAAGUUUCGUGCGGCCGGUGACAUUCUGACCUCAGCGAUGGUGGAUUUAUCCGAGAGUGGUGCAGUGUCGCCCGGACACAGCAGACACGGACAGGGCAAUACCGGGAAGAAAACGUCGAAAAAGUCGCGAACGAGAAGAGGCAAACGAGGCAGGAAAAGACGGAAUAAAAAGAACAACAGGAACAACAAAACACCACCACCGUAUUUCCCACCGGAGGCUGAAGAAGGGAACAUUGAGUACAAGUUGAAGCUGGUUAAUCCCACUCAGUAUCGCUUCGAGCAUCUCGCCACGCAGCUGAAGUGGCGUCUGCAGGAGGGCCGCGGUGAGGCCGUCUACCAGAUCGGAGUGGAAGACAACGGCCUGCUGGUCGGCCUGACAGACGCCGACAUGAAGGCCUCGCUCAAGACCUUAAAGAGGAUGGCAGAGAAAGUCGGUGCCGACAUCACUCUCCUCCGAGAGAGGGAGGUGGACUACGACUUGGACAGAAAUGCUCGUAAAAUCGCAGAAGUCCUGGUUCGAAAAGUUCCCGAUGACCAGCAGUUCCUGGACUUGCGGGUGGCGGUUCUGGGGAACGUGGACUCAGGGAAGUCGACCCUGCUCGGCGUCCUGACGCAGGGCGAGCUGGACAACGGGCGAGGCCGAGCGCGGCUCAACCUCUUCAGACAUCUGCACGAGAUCCAGACCGGACGCACCUCCAGCAUCAGCUUCGAGAUACUCGGCUUCAACAGCAAAGGAGAGGUUGUGAACUACAGCGAGUCUCGGACGGCCGAGGAGAUCUGUGAGAGCUCCUCCAAGAUGAUCACCUUCAUCGAUCUGGCCGGACACCACAAGUACCUGAAGACGACCAUCUUCGGCCUCACCAGCUACUGCCCCGACUUCGCCAUGCUGGUGGUGAGCGCCAACACCGGCAUCGCCGGCACGACCCGGGAGCACCUGGGCCUGGCCAUGGCUCUGAAAGUUCCCAUCUUCAUCGUGGUCAGUAAAGUGGACCUGUGCUCCCGCGGCACAGUGGAGAGAACCGUCCGGCAGCUGGAGCGAGUCCUGAAGCAGCCGGGCUGCAACAAGGUGCCGAUGGUGGUGUCCAACCCCGACGACGCCGUGACGGCCGCACAGCAGUUCACUCAGUCUGCAUGCAUCACGCCCAUCUUCACCCUGUCCAGUGUGUCUGGAGAGAGUCUGGACCUGCUCAAGGUUUUCUUGAACAUCCUUCCUCCACUGAGCAACAGCAAAGAGCAGGAGGAGCUGAUGCAGCAGCUCACCGAGUUCCAGGUGGAUGAGAUCUACUCAGUUCCUGAUGUUGGGACUGUGGUGGGAGGAACUCUGUACAGUGGCGUGUGCAGAGAGGGCGAGAGGCUGGUGGUCGGUCCAACUGACGAGGGGCGCUUCCUGCGUCUGAAGGUGGGAAGUAUCCAGAGGAACCGCUCGGCCUGCAGGGUGCUGAGGGCCGGACAGGCCGCCACGCUGGCUCUGGGGAACUUUGACCGCUCGCUGCUGCGCAAGGGCAUGGUAAUGGUCAGUCCCAAGAUGAACCCGACCAUCUGCUGUCAGUUUGAAGCCGCCAUCGUUCUGCUCUUCCACGCCAAGACCUUCCGCCGGGGGUCACAGGUCACCGUGCACGUGGGCAACGUCAGGCAGACGGCCACUGUGGAGUGCCUUCAUGGGAAGGACGAGCUGCGUACAGGUGAGAGAGCCGUGGUUCGCUUCUGCUUCAUCAAACAUCCCGAGUACCUGCGACUGGGCGCCAAGCUUCUCUUCAGGGAGGGCGUCACCAAAGGCAUCGGCCACGUCACACGCCUGCUGCCCCCCUCCCAGAACCACGACCAGAACCAGAACCACGACCAGAACCUGCAGGAGCAUUAAAGACCUUCAUCUGACAGACGUUAAGCUCCCUGUGAGAACUGAACAGUCAGACGUCAUUGAAGCUUCUCUGAUUGGCUUUACUCCCCCGCCACAUGACGCCGUAUUAAUCCUCCCUUCCUGGAUCUAUUCUUGUGUCCUCCGCUCCGCUGUCGGAGAGUCCAUCACCGUUAUCAUCUUCCUCCCAGCAGAUGUUCAUGUCUUGAGUUAAAGCUGGCUGACCUCAGUGGAUUUAAGCCUGGACGCGUACUGUGAUGUGGUGCCACUGGUUGAUUUAAGAGGCUCCUUUUUCUCGUGCGGCCGUCAUGAGAAGACAUCAGGAUUAUUUCCGGGGUGGAUUUGAGGAGGAACGUUUACAGGAAGAGUUGCAGUUUCUUUUCUGAAGUAUCUUCUCAUCAAAAAUGUUGGACCAUAAUGGUGGCUUUGCAUGUUUCAGCCCAUAAACUUCAAACCCACGGAGCACGGUGGGCGUCAGGGGUCAUUUUCAGACUGUUUGUGCGGACUAACGAGAAGCUCUCUAAUCAGCACCAAGCUAAUGUAGGUUCAGGAAAUACAGUUUUUAUACCGCUACAUUCACUGUAAUGUUUAUUUUCAUUAUUUAUUAAUCUGUUAAAUACUUUUAAAUGUCUUUUGUCUAAAAAAAACCCCAAAGAAGUUCAGCUUACAAUCAUCUGAAGCAGUGAAAAGCAGCACAUGCUCACGAGGAGGAACUUAAACCGGAGACUGAUUGGAGUUUUUAGGAUUACGUUUUAAGUCAAUUAAUAAUCAGCUAAUUGUUCUGACGAUGAAUUCACUGAACAUUUUGUUAUGACUUUGGAGAGAAACAUGUCGAUAUACUUCAGAUUUUAAAUUUUCACUUCAAUGUUGAUGAAAUUUCACCAACGACAAAUAGAAAUCCAUCUGGACAGUGCGAGAAACGGAGAUCCAGAGUCCAAAAUGGAGGACGCUGUCAUUUUAAGUGUGUUACACCAUCCAGUUUAAUAUAAAGCUGCUCUGCCGGAGUUUAAACUGCUCCAAAGAUGCAGUGCAGUGUGCCGUCAGUGCGACAAACACGUCUCUUCAGUGAACUGUAUUUCACGACUACACAAAAGGAAUGUUGCUGUGCUCCUUCUUUGCACUUGUGUGUGUGUGUGUGUGUGUGUGAUUUAUUCAUUUGAGAGCAUUAAUGACUCGUGUGCACAAGUUAAAACAAAAUGACUCUUGACACCUGCGGGGCUCCAAACAUACGACAGGAUUUCAGACUGAUGG